CUACAGGGACGAAAGGACAGUCGAAAAAAAAAUCACUUCAGGUAAGGGCGAAGAAGAGCAUUCCCUCUCCCGGUCUCCCCAUCUCCCGAACCGCGUGAGCCAAACCCUCCCAGCUCGCGCGCCCUCGAUGGAUGCCUCCGCCGCCACCCCCGCCCCCGGGCCUUCCUUCUCUGGCGCCGAGUCCUCCGCGGCCGCCGCCCAGCCGCCGGCGGAGGCUCCGCAGUUGCGCGUCCACGGCGCCGGCAGCGGCAGCGGCGUCGCGCGAGCCUGCCGCCACCACGCGUACAGCCGCAAGCAGAAGUCGCUCGGCCUUCUCUGCUCCAACUUCGUGGCGCUGUACGACCGGGAGGACGUGGAGGUGAUUGGGCUGGACGACGCGGCCAAGCGUCUCGGCGUCGAGCGACGCCGGAUCUACGACAUAGUCAACGUUCUCGAGAGCGUCGGGAUUCUUGUGCGGAGGGCCAAGAAUCGGUAUACAUGGCUCGGAUUCGGGGGAGUCCCUGCUGCGCUGAAAGAACUCAAGGAGAGGGCGCUAAGGAAGAUGUCCGGAUCACCGGUGUUACUGUCAAUGGAGGACUCCUCUACUGCCAACUUAUCAGAUGAUGAGGAUGAUGAAAAAUUGGGCGAUGCUGAUGAAGAUGCUGAGAGCGAGAAGCUCAGCCAACCUGUUGACAAUACGUCUGAUAAGCCUGACGCACCCAGCUGCCGCCUUAGAUCUGAUCAUCGGAAGGAGAAGUCCCUUGGGCUCCUCACUCAGAAUUUUGUCAAGCUCUUCCUCAACAUGGAGGUUGGGACAAUCUCACUUGACGAAGCUGCAAGGCUUCUCCUUGGAGAGGGACAUGCAGACAGCAACAUGAGAACCAAAGUUCGUCGAUUGUAUGACAUUGCCAAUGUGCUGUCUUCUUUGAACCUCAUUGAGAAGACGCAGCAAGCAGACACAAGAAAACCUGCAUUCCGGUGGCUAGGCCAGGCAAAGCGAAAGCAAGAUAACAAUGUCAUGGUUUCUGUACCUCCAUCGAUGAAGGCAAUGCCCAAUAAGAGAGCAUUUGGUACUGAUCUUACAAACAUUGACAAUAAGCGAGGCAAGUUAGACUCAGCAGCGGAGAACAAAGUCAAGCUCAUGCAGGGUGCUGGUAACAUAGUGAAGACUUUUGAGAGGCAGCUGGUGCAAGGGAAAAGGAGUGACUUUGUUUAUGGGCCCUUCCACCCUGCUGGUGCAAAGAAACACGAAACUGAUGAUCAAACUGUUAAGCAGCAGGAGAGGAAGAACAUUCAGGACUGGGAAAACCUUGCUGUGUCCUUCCGUCCACAAUAUCAGAAUCAAGCACUGAAUGAUCUUUUUGGUCAUUAUGUGGAAGCAUGGAAAUCAUGGUACGUGGAUCUUACCCAGGAAACGGCAUCAUGAAGCAGAAUGUUGGCAGGAUCAGAGAAAAUAUCAUAAGCUAGUCAUCGACCUUGGUUCAUCUAACAAAAACAGAAAUCAGUAAAUUUUGACGUAUUCUGGCGCCUGGGCUGGGAUUAGCAUCAUAUCGAGGAGAUGCAAGACAUGCAGAUGCCCAAUCAAACUCAGUCAUAGUUCACACACUGCAGAAGGAGCGAACUUCACAAGACGGUACCAUUACCAGUAUCCAAAUGACAAUUUUAUCACUGAAGUGCGGCAAAUCCAGAUGACAGAUGAAUAUGAACAUCAAGCAUGGACGAUCAAACUCAUCCACCAUCAUACAUAUACCAAGUCAUCACCAAGCGCUCAAAGUACUUUUAGAGGUCAUGGAUGUCCCCAACAUAUUGAGUUGCCAGCAAAGUGUAAAAUCCCCAGUAGCAAGUAGUAGUAGUAGUAUGCCAAUCAACAUGCUUCACUUAGGGUCAGUGAAGAACUUGUUAACUGCAGGCAUGAUCUCAGGAGUCUUGUCGU